AAUGGCACAAAUAGUUCAGAUAGACGAAUUCUGGUAUGUAACUAUUUCAGUCAGACUUAUAACAAAACUGUGACUGUUGCAAAGGCAUGGAACUACGACGCCAUUACCAUUCUAUCCGCUGCAGCAAGUGCAUCUCUAUUCUUAGCAUGCGUAUCUCUCUUGAUCACGUACGUGUUGUUUAAAGAAUUACGGACAACACCCGGUUGGUGCAUUAUGAGCUAUGCUCUCUCUAUUGCUAUUGGACAAAUUUUAUUUAUAUUUGGGUCAGGACGGACCGCGAACAAAGACGUUUGCACUGCUUUGGGUGUGUGCCUUUACUACUUUACAUUGAGUCAAUUCACGUGGUCGAGUGUUUUAGCAACCGACUUGUUUAAGACAUUUGUUUUGUCACAGUUUAUCGAUUGCAGGCGUGAGCAGCAGAUCUUGCGUCCCGUUGUUGUUUAUGGUGUGUAUGCAUGGGGAUCACCGCUCUUACUCUCGUUGAUAGCAAUCAUAUUGGAUCAAGCCACUAACGUUGACAUUGCAUUUGCCAGUCAAGAGAUUUGUUGGGUACAACCAGGAAUGGCACUUCUUAUUGUUUUUGGUUUACCCGUAUCCCUCAUCUUGUUGUACAACCUGAUAGCUUUCGCAGCAUUGACUGUCUGCAUACACAAACUGUCUAGAGCAACCAGUGUGGCUCGAGCUGAUGUUCUGCGAGUUGAAACAAGUAAGAGAAUAUGGAAACGAGUAAAGAUUUGUGUUGGUAUAUUCAGUCUUUUGGGAUUGACAUGGAUCGCUGCAUUUCUGGCAACGAUUAGACAUUUGAGUUGGUUGUGGUAUGUCUUCGUUUGUGCUACCAUUCUUCAAGCCAUAUUCCUCUUAGUUGUUUUUGUGUUGAAUCGCAAUGUCAGAAAUCUGUACAGAACGAUCCUACAAAAAGUUUGCUGCAAAAGAUCCUCGCAGAGCAAGCAACAUACCGAAGGCAGGCAAAGCAACAAAACAAAAUCUGAUGUCUUUGUAUAAUUAUUGUGACAAAGAAUUGUUUUAGUAGAGACCAAAGACUGUCUGUUCUGUGAUUACGGUAUUGUUGCGUGACUGAGAAAUAGAAUGGCUGCGUAUGCAUGCAGUAGAUAUUGCUGUGUUCGAUCUGAUACUCAUAGUUAGAGUAUAUUCAUGUAAGUUUGUACAAUGUUGAGAACGAACAAUAUAUAGGAAUUUAGCGUACCAUAUUCGUUAACUAAUGACUGACAUAAUACACAAGUACA